GGAAUGAAUGAUGAGUUGAAAGAUUGUGAAGCUGUUUAGCUAGCUAGCUAAAUUGCUAUUUUAGAUAUUAGUUGUCAGUAGCUAAAUUGUCAUUGCAGUUAGUGAAUUGAACUUAAUUCAUUUGGCUACAUCUCAUUACUUUCAUAUCUCUAAACCAUAUGAAAUAAUCGCCAUCAUAUCUAAACCUUGCAGGUUACAAUAGUUCUAGUUACGUUUUUUUGAUUGACUGAAGGGACAUGAACGGGUUAAAAUUCCCAUUCAAGAAGAACGGUUCAGCACGAGACGCCCCUGUGUGCAUAUCGUGGGCUUGCGCAGUCUGGUUUAAACAGUACACACACAGUUGUUGCUUUUUCUUCAGAGCCAUUUUUUUUGCACAAAAAAUGUUUGGAGAAACGUUUAAACAUUUUACAAUACAUUUCAACGCCAAUAACCCGAGAGUGACUUUCUCGAGUGGUGACUUUAUGGCAGGUCAGAUUUCCUUUGAUCUUUCGAAAGAAACAAAGCUCAGUUCUAUAACAUUAACAUUAAAUGGAAAAGCAAAGGUACAGUGGACAACACAAGGAGGAGGUGGUGGAAGAAGAGGACGACGCAGAAGGCAACGACGAGUCCACUCGGCAAGGCUGGAAUUCUUCAACUUCUCUCAAAUCGUAAUGCAAGAAAAUAACGCGGUCCCUAACACCACACUUCAACCAGGAACCCAUGUGUACCCAUUCACAUGCCAAAUCCCACAAGGAAACUUCCCCUCCUCUUUCCAUGGGGUGCAUGGCAGUAUAAUUUACUCAAUGAAGGUGGAGAUACACAGGCCAUGGCAUCUAGCCAAGGAGUUUGUGACUGAGUUCAACUUUGCCAGCCACAUAGAUGCCAACCAACCACAUCUUCUGGCUCCUCUGGCAGGCAGCAACACCAAGACCCUGUGCUGCCUCUGGUGUGCCUCAGGUCCCAUCUCAAUGACUGUCUGCACUGAGAGGAAAGGCUUUGUCCCAGGAGAGAUGGUGAAAAUCAUCUGUGAGCUUAGUAACGGCUCCUCUCGGACAGUGACUCCGCAUGCGACACUUAUCCAGAAGCAGAUGUUUUACACCCAUAACAAGUGCAACAGGAGGUUGCAGAUGAAAAACCUGGCUUCAGUGGAUGGUCAGCCUGUCAACCCCAGUAGCUCUGAGGUCUACAGCGAUAUGAUGCUUCCCAUCCCUCCCAACACGACUCUCACUAUCUCCAACUGUCCUAUACUGGAGGUGGAUUACACUGUGGAUGUGAGUCUACGUAUCAGAGGUUCCACGGACCUCAAGGUGCUGUUCCCCAUUGUGCUGUGUAAUAUUCCUGUUUAUGCUCCCCAGCCUCCACCUCCAUAUCAGCAGCAAUAGUACUAGGAUCACAUUGCCCCUAGACUCCAAUCUAAGGUCAGUGUUUUUCUACCUAGUGGUUAAGGUUAGGAUUUAGGCAGGGUAAGCAGCACUUAGAUACGAAUGUCUCUAAUAUGUACCUAGUCAUAUUAAAUACAUGUAUUGUGUCUCACAACUGGGAAUGGGAAUAUGAGGGUUACUAGGAACCAUUCCUCUGGUGAGCUGGUUUUUGUGUCACUGAUUAUUUGGACAAAUCACGAUUUCGCCGGGUUGGUGUAAACCUGGCAUCUUUAGAAUUUUGGAAAGGGGGGGUAAUUUAGGCCCUCCACUAUGUCCAGUAGCUGGCCAGAGGCCGACAUUCACUCUAGAUUUGGUUCUGGAUUCUGAGAUUAGACACUGCCAAACCCCUUUUAAGAUGGGGUUUCCAAUUCUACAAUUUAUACAUGUUUAUCACCAUAAGAAUUGUUAGAGCAAGUUUUGUCAUCAACCACCAUGUCAAAUCCUUCCUUCAUAUAUUGUCUCUUACCAAUACCUAUGGAAGUCUUGUGCUGUUUCUGCUCACUAUUGCCAUAAAUGUUCAGAAUUCAUUACUUUUUUAAAAAACUGACAUUUCAGAGCCUAAUUCACCUCCAUCUAGGUCAUGAGAUGAGGAACUAUUGGGCAAUGCUAUUGCUUAGAGGACUAACUCAAUACUACAGCUGAUAAGGAAGAAGGCUUGAUAGACAACUAAACUUGCUCUAACAAAUCUUACAACAUAACAAAUUGUAGGAUUUAUGUUAAAUGCCUCUUAAAAAGGUUGAUUUGCAAUAGUUCUCAGGGUUGUACCAAAUACGGUACCAGACUUUCUAAUAUUUUAUGCAUCAACUUUUAAAAGGUGUUUGUUCCGUUAAUAUUUCUGUUACAUGUUUUUAUAGCCAUGCAGUUUUAUUUACAGUUGUAUAUGUAUACAUACAUACAUACAUACAUACAUACAUACAUAUUUACAACUGUAAAUAAAACUGCAUAUAUUUCAUACUACUUACAUGUAAUGAUGCCUUGCCAUCCUCCAGUGUUUGAGGUGACAGACGGACAGUGCUUUAAAUAUCUAAUGGUACAGUCGUCGUUCAUCUCUUGCCAGGUCAUGUUGCUUAGCAUUUCUUUCAAGGUGCUUGAGUGAUUGUUAACAUAAGAUAAUUGGGCUUUGUGACUGUGUUUACUCAUGUUUGAUCAAUCGCUCCGUGGUGUCUGUCUGUCUCACCCUACUUGUCUUUUUUAUCAUGGUUCAUUUAAGGAUUCGAUUUGUUAUUCAUGGUCAACAUUGUUUUGCCCCAUUCGUUUGGAAAAAUAGAAUGUUCAGGAUGCUUGUGAUUCAAUCACUAAUUCAUUUGUAUGUCCAUUUUAAAAGUACACUAAUGCUACUACACUGUUCUCUUGCUGUGGUCUGAAUAACAAAACCAUGUUUUUACACUCCUAGUUGUAUGAGCGUAAUCCAACAAAGUCUGAAACAUUUGACAUUUAUGUGGUUGAGCUUACUAUAUGAAGAACCACUCAAAUUCACGCACAAUAAUAUAUUUUUCAUAUGAAUUGUAUUGAUGUGUUUGUGUAAAUUAUAUAUUGUAUUUAUGUUGCUGUUCUAACUGUUUUUAUGUCUGUUUUAACACUCCCAAGUUCAUCCAUUGAGGACAUCUACUCAUUUUAAACUCUUUCAAACUCCCUUGAAGAGUUCAGUACUGCCGUUAAAAGAUGUGCACAACCCAUUGUUUUGAAGAUGUAUUGGUGGUAAAUUCAUUAUGUUGUAUUGAACGUGGACAUUUUUUUUUCAUUUGAUUUCAAAUGUCAAAACUGUCCUUGUUUGUGACGUCCUUGCCAUUGAGUUCCCUUGAACCUUCUUAAUGAAGACAGGGAAGUACACAUCUCUAGACUCUUUAUGUAUUGCCAAAAAUGUAUCAUUUGUAAUAUCACAAUAGAAACAGACAGUAUUCUGAUAAAAACAUGUUGAAUUGUCUCUGUGUGUAUGUGUACAUACAUGCAUGCAUACAUACAUACAUACAUGUUUUAACCACAAUACCUUUUAACAAUGUACUGUAUAUUUUGUUGUGUUUGUCAAACUGAGUAUCAAGGUAGCACUUUAGGAAAGCCCACUGAUAAACUCUUAAGUAGAUCUUCACAGAUUGGCCACCUGUAGAAUUGAACAUUUUGUAAGUACUGUUUGACUGAUACUACUUAUAUGCCAUGAAUGUUAUUGACCUGUAAUAAACACAUUAACUUCCAUUUGACCAUUUAAAAAA